UUUUGGAUCACACAAACUGGAUUAGGUACUUUGGUUAUGUGAAAACUCAGAGUAUGUUAACCCUGGGAUGAGGAAAGUCUGGGAUUUCCAUUCCUGAAAGAGGGGGGCUGACUGUAACCAGUACGUUCUCACUGAUCACACACUGAACACUUUGAUGAUGAAGACAAGCGCUGACAUGUGGAUGCUCCCUCUAGCUCUGUGUUUCAUGUGUGUGUCUGCAUAUGAUGAGCAGAACAAGGAGGAUUUUUGCAACCAGGAUAUGUGUGAGACUCAUAAACUCAGACCAUCUCUUGGCUCCACUGUACUGCUCCCAUGCACCUUCACAUAUAACAACAUCAGUUUGGUGUCAUGGAACCAGAAUGGCUCAGCUCUUUUACACUUCUCAGACAAGUAUAUUGAGUUUAAAGACCCAAAGGAUGGCCGAGUGAGUGUUUACCCAAAUCAGCAGUCAGAAGGGAACUACUCCAUCAGCAUCGAUGAGCUUCAACCGUCUGACCUGGGGUGUUAUCGCUGUGAACACAAACAUCACUGUUUUCAAGUGGAAUUAUCUCUUGAAGAAGAGACACUGAAUGACAUUACGUUACUCAUCUUCAUCUGCUCUUGCGUUGCUGCUACUGUCAUUCUGGGUGUUGGAGGAUAUUGCUGCAUGAAAUACACAAUGUGCAGCCAAAAAAGAACAGAAUACAAUGUCAGUCAUGCUGCUGGUUCAGGCACUCACGGUGUAAGUGCACCACCUGAGGAACCACAUAGACACCCAGCAGAAGAACAGCAAGAAGCCGACAGUGACGAUCUUGUUUACGAAAAUGAAGACUAUGACCCAUCCAACCAGCCCGAUUACAUCAACACAGAUUAUAAUAAUAUACCUGGAGGUCUUCAUGAUCUGAGGAGGGACCCACCGAUGCAGGAUGCCAGUGUGGUCAAUCCAAAUCCAAAUCCAAAUCAACUGAACUUUACAAGGGGGCAAAGUCAGAGAACAAAACAGAGAUUUCACAGAGAACUCUUCAACAGAUUACGGCAAGCAAGUAUCAAUAGACAUCAAUAUGUAAAUCAAGGUGAAAUUCGCAAACAGCAAGCAAUGGCAUCUCAGGAGGAGAAUAAUGCCCCAGGUGGUAUAUACAAAAACCCAAUUUACAACAGGAGCACAGACCAACUCCACCAGCUGUAGAUGGUACAACAUGGAGACAGUUUCCUAUCAACCCCAUCCAUUGAUGAAGACAUGCUGACUAUUCAUUUUACAGGAUCUGCUUCAGAUGACAUGAUUGUUUUGCUUUGUCUGUUGUGUCAUUACUGCACUGUAUUUCACAGCCUGUAUAUGUACAAAAAAUGUGACUCACUUGCAAAAUGGUGUCAAAAUUCCAAAAAAUAAUAAAUAAGAUCUGUCAGAAUUUUGGGCACAUACAGCACAGUACACCUCACUGGACAUGUAGAAUAAAUGAUACAUUUAAAUGUUGAUCCCAAUUGAAAGUAUUGUCCUUUUUCCACUACAAUAUUCAUCACUUUAUAUUGUACUUACAUACAAUUUAGAACCUACCCUCUGUGGGUUUAGAUCAGAGGAAGAAACCCACACAAACAGAAAAUCUUAAACGGAAAAGCCCUCGAGAUGGAGGUACUGAAACUACACUGACGUUGCUUGUUGCUUUUUUUAGGUACUCUGUUGCUGCACCUGCCAUUUUUAAGCCAACAGUUUUAAGCCACAGUUUACUAAAUACUUUGCAAAAGUCUUAGCUUAACUGUAUCUUUGUUUUUGCACGACUAAAAUGAGCAUACAUAUUUAUUUCUCAUUCUCUUAAAUAGACAAUAUGUGCAGCCUUAACCCAUAAAGACCCAAACAUCCACCAUUUACCAAAAUCGUCUAAUAUAAACAGUUUAAUCCCUGUUGAUCCUCUAAUCCUGGGGUGUCAAACUCAUUUUAGUUCAAAGGCCACAUUCAGCGUAAUAUGAUCUAAAGUGGUCUUGACCAG